CAGUCCGCCCACCAAAUCUCGCGCCAGGCGUUCCCACCAAGAAAGAAUGGUCACUCUAUCCUCCAUCUAAGUUAUCGAUUGUUAAAACUCAAGAAACACCAACAAUCUACCCUUUACAUGUCACUCACUCGGCGUAAUAGUUCAAAAAACCCUCCAUUUCUCAAUUUCUUCUAGGGUUUGGGUCGUGUAGCUGCUCUUUCUACCACCAUUUGCCUUUUGGGUAAAUCCCGCAUAGGUAGGUGAGGCUUUUUUAGGUGAUUGGUGACUGUUUUGAGUGGGCGUCAUGGCUUGGAAUCAAGGGGAAGGAUCCUCAGCUGGGAUCGAGUUCGAUAAGGGGGGUGGAUUUGGUGAUUUUGGGGGUUUUAAUUUUGAAAAAGAGGAGCUUGAUGAAUUUCAUGAAUGUGGAAAAUCGAACAAGGGCUCUGAUGAAAUUACUGAUUUGUUGCCUUCGGAUCCGUUUAAUAUGGAAGGUAGUACCCAAGGUCUCACAGCCUUCACUGGUUGGUUAGAGGAUUUUCAGAAGGAUUUUGGGUUUAAGGUAGACGAGAAUGAAGUUGCGAGAUUUGAUUCUUUCUUGACUGGCAAGAUGAGGAUUCAUGAGGAUACGCGUUUCCAGUUGAUUGAUGGAAAUCGUAAGCUGUUCGGGAUGAAUUUCAGAGAGGGGUUGGAAGGUGGCCAUGGUCGGAUGGAUGGUAAGAAGGAGAUCAUGGAUUUUAGUGAUGACAAGUAUUGGAAUCUUGGUGAUACAACACAUAAUGAUCAAGGGGGAAUUAACAAUCAUGGUGGUAUGGAUGGAGGUAAUCCAUCGGAUGCGUUGUUGCUUGCCCUUGGUUAUUUAGGCUUGAAGGACCUUCUUGUAGUUGAAAGAGUAUGUAAGCCUUUACGUGAUGCUGUUAUCGGAGAUCCACUUUUAUGGAGAAAUAUUAACAUAUAUCAUCCAUUUUGUACUAAGAUCACAAACGAUAUCCUUAUAAAGUUGACGAAUAGGGCUCAAGGCCAUCUUCAUUCUCUCAGUCUAUUUCACUGCUCAAAGCUCACUGAUGCUGGUUUGAAGCAUGUACUUGAUAGGAAUCCCAACCUGUCAAAGUUAAAUGUCCCAGGAUGUGCGAGACUCACCGCAGAUGGUAUACUCUCUAACUUAAAAGUCUCAAAGACUGCUGGAAAAAUGAAACUUAAAUAUUUAGGGAUUUAUGGAUUGUCUGGCUUGACAAACAAGCACAUGGAAGAGUUCAAGCUCUUAACAGGUGUAGAUAAUAGCAAGCUGCCAACUACUCGUAAGCCACGGUUUUUUGGUGGUGGCCAGUUGCGUGUCAUUUUUGAUGAUGACCGUGCUAUGGAUGUUGAAGUUUGCCCAAAAUGCCAGAAGUUUGAACUAGUUUAUGAUUGCCCUUUGGAGAGUUGCCAAAAGAAGAAAUCUUCCUCUCAGUUGUGCAGGGCUUGUACUAAAUGCAUUACGCGUUGUAUCGAUUGUGGAUGUUGCUUAAACAAUUGUGAUUACGUGGAGCUGCUCCAUUUUGAGUUGCUUUGUUUAGAUUGCCUGAGAAAACCCUUGGGUUGGCAAAAGGUGGGGCAGAAAAUGCCCUUUUUGUCUGAAACCACUGUUGUUCACUAGGGGGAGGGUUACCAUUUCUACCCCUAUGGCUAGGAUGCAUAAUAUUUGUUGCUUUUUUGGCUGUGGGAAAGCUUCAGGAUCACAUAACGCUUUUGAAGAACAGAUUUGAAAUGGAAGUCCUUUGUCUAUCUUGAAGAAAUUGGAGUCUUCUUAUUGUCGAACUGGAAAGAAACAUGGCAGACAAGAAGCUGAUCUUCCGCAUGGAGGCUUUGAUAGUCUUAUGUUGUAUCUAUGCUGUGUCAUGAUUGUGUUAAGUAAAACUUGUGUUGUAUGCAUGCUGUGUCAUGAUUCUGUUGAGUAACCCUUAUGUUGUAUCAUGUAUGCAUGCUGUGUCAUGAUUCUGUUGAGCAAACCUUAUGUUGUAUACAUGCUGUGUCAUGAUUCUGUUGAGUAACCCUUAUGUUCUA